AUCACGUGCUCUAGAGCGGAACACGCCAAUCAGCGUUCAGUUGUGUUGCUGCGGCUGAGUUUAUCGACCCCGGGAGGUCCUAGAGUUUCCCAACAUGAGUAGCUCAGAGGAGGUAUCGUGGAUUUCUUGGUUUUGUGGUCUACGGGGAAACGAAUUCUUUUGUGAGGUAGAUGAGGACUACAUUCAGGACAAGUUUAAUCUUACGGGGCUCAAUGAGCAAGUUCCCCAUUACAGACAAGCCCUGGACAUGAUCCUGGAUCUUGAACCCGAUGAGGAGUUGGAGGACAACCCCAAUCAGAGUGACCUGAUUGAGCAGGCUGCUGAAAUGCUCUAUGGACUGAUACAUGCGCGGUAUAUCCUCACUAACCGCGGUAUUGCCCAGAUGCUGGAGAAGUAUCAGCAGGGUGACUUUGGCUAUUGCCCACGUGUUUACUGUGAGAAUCAGCCAAUGCUGCCAAUUGGGCUCUCUGACAUACCUGGAGAAGCCAUGGUGAAGCUCUACUGCCCUAAGUGUAUGGAUGUGUACACACCGAAGUCGUCCAGGCACCAUCACUCUGAUGGAGCCUAUUUUGGUACUGGCUUCCCCCACAUGCUCUUCAUGGUGCAUCCUGAGUACCGGCCAAAGAGGCCUGCCAACCAAUUUGUGCCCAGGCUCUAUGGAUUCAAGAUCCACCCAAUGGCUUACCAGCUACAGCUGCAGGCAGCCUCCAGCUUCAAGAGUCCAGUCAAAGCGAUCCGCUAAUAACCUGAAGGGGUGGGGGGGUUGUGUGUGUCUGUGUACAUGGUCCCACUCUUCUCCUACAUUUUUGUUCUAGAUUUAACCAAGACAAACGUCUAAAUAUGGGGAGAGUGAGACUACAAAACAGACUUUGGGGAGAAACAAAAACCUUACCUCUGAAACACUGUACAGAAAAUGGGGUGUUCAAUGUAAAACAAUUUCAGUUCUUAACCUGCAAAUAGAAAGUUAUAAUUAAGAUACAUGAAUUUUGCUCACUCUCUGGUUAUGUUUAUUUUAGGUUGCAUAAUGUUACCAUUCUUGUCAUAACUGUGUGGUUGCCACAGAUGUUUCAAAUUUGUUUCGUUAUUCAAUCUCCUCCUCGAUUAGGCCUGAUCAUUGGCUUUCUUGGAAACAGCUGUGGCAAGUUAAAUUUGUUUUAAGCUCUAAAUAAUAAUAUGGGGAUUGUCUAUGUUGACAGAUUUGUAAGUUUUCAGUGCAUGUAUUAGUAGAAAUUACCAGAAAUGGAGACACAAGUACAAUCAGGAAACUCUUUAUCAGAUAUGAAGUGUUUUGUUUUAUCUAGUACUGCACUCCACUUUAGAACAACGGCAACCUCCAGUGUCAAGAUGGCUUAUGAUUUUACAAAAUUGACCACAGAACCAUGAUUAUGACUUUUUUUAUGUUUGGAAUGGGCCCAGGUUUUUCUUCCCUUGUGUAAAGCAUUUCUUGUGUUUAUAGAGGCAUACGAGUAGAAUAUAAAAAUCAAUUUGAAUGCAUUGGGUGUUGUGUGUGUGUGUGUGUGUGUGUGUGUGAUUUUAUUUUUUUUAUUUUUUGUUUGGUCCUUAAUUUUUUUUUUUCCUUUACAGCUGUAGAGGAACCAGGGUUCAGAAUUCAAAAUAAAUGUCUUUUCCUAUA